AUGACACCCCCUAACCCCUUCAUCCAUUUCAACCCGACGGCCAAAACCUGGCGCUUCACCCACCAGCGCGACAACACCAACCCCCCUCAGGAUACUAAAGUGUCGCCUACCUCAACAUCAGCACAAACCUUCCACCAACACCUCCUCCCCUCCUAUACCCCAACCCCGCUCCAUAGCUUACCGUCUCUCGCCAAUGACCUCGGAAUCAGCCAUCUCCUUCUCAAAGACGAAAGCAGUCGCUUCGGCCUACCCUCCUUCAAGAUCCUCGGCGCAUCAUGGGCCACAUACCGCGCGGUUCUCGACAAGCUAGGGAUCUCCGAGCAAGACGGCCCUGAUAAUAAUCCGACAACACCACCGCCUCACGGAGUAGGAGAGGGAGGCUCUCACCACCAUUUUCUUGCCUCGCUGGGAACCCUCGCCCAACAACGGGGUUUCACCUCCCUCCGACUUGUCACUUGCACGGCUGGUAACUGGGGACGGGCCGUGGCGCGUAUGGCUCGUUAUAUGGGCCUGGCCGCGACGGUGUAUGUGCCGCGGCAUGUGGCCGAGUCGACGCGGGAACUGAUACGCGGUGAAGGGGCGGAAGUUGUGGUGGUAGAGGGGGAUUAUGAUGAUGCUGUGGAUGAGACGAAGCGGGCGGUGGAGGGGGAUGGGAGUGGGGGUUCGGUGUUGGUGAUGGAUAUUGCUUGGGAGGGGUAUGAGGUUGUGCCGCAGUGGGUCGUAGCAGGCUACCAAACCAUGCUUGACGAGUCUGACGCCCAAGUCCUCACCGCCACCGGCGGCCGGCUAGCCACGCAUGCUAUGGUGCCCGUCGGCUGCGGUUCCAUCGCCCAGGCCGUGACGAAGCACUACAAAGACGCAAAUCGGACACAACCCACCACGGUCAUCGCCGUCGAGCCCGACACGGCCGCCUGUUUGAAGGCAUCCCUCGAAAACGGCAAGAUGACCACGGUACCAACCGGGAACAGCAUCAUGUGUGGGAUGAACUGUGGCACCCUGUCCACGAUUGCAUGGCCGAUUUUGGCAUCGGGGGUUGAUGCUGCUGUGGCGGUGGAGGAUAUGGAAUCUCACGACAUGGCACAGGCGAUUGAGGCAUUGGGUGGAAAUGCUGGUCCUUGCGGGGCGUCGACCCUGGCGGGCUUGAAGAAGGGUUAUGAAACGGACCGGGAACGAUUGGGGCUCACGAAGGAAUCGGUCGUGGUGUUGUUUUGUACUGAAGGGGCGAGACAGUAUGAAUUGCCGGCCGAAUGA